UAACACCGGAAGUCGUUGCAGCGGAGCGACGAUGGCUGGACUCUUGAAAAAGACCACAGGCCUGGUGGGUCUGGCCGUGGCCCAGAAUCCCCACGAGCGCCUGAGGGUUCUCUACACCAAGAUCUUGGCGUCGCUGCAGACCAUCCCGCAGGAUGCUGCGUACAGGAAAUACACCGAGCAGCUGGUCACCGAGCGGUUUGGCCACGUCAAGUCUGAGCCGGACGUACAAAAGCUGGAGCAGAAGAUCAACUGUGGACAGAUCGAGGAAGUCAUUUUCCAGGCCGAGUGUGAGCUGGCUCUCUCCAAGAAGAUGUCAGAGUGGAAACCCUGGGAGCCGCUGACAGAGGAGGCACCACCCAACCAGUGGAAGUGGCCCAUCUGACAGCCCUGUGUGUUUGUGUGUUUGUAGUCCUGUUUCAAUUAAACUUCCAAUAUUGAGUUGUU